AUGGGCGCUAUGAAUAUGUUUCUUUUCUUAGCAUUUAUUUGUACUGUGAUACAUGGUCAUUGGAUAAUAGAAAAACAUGUUCAUGGUAUUAUUGAUAGAGAUGACGAUUAUUGGGUUGUUAAAACAAAUGCACCAGUUAAUAGACCAACAUUUCCUGCAUACAUUCGUUUUUUUAAUACACAUACAGCAAAAAGUGAAUAUGAACUUGAUUGUUCAAAAUCACCUUUAAUUCUUUAUUAUAAUUCUCCACCUCAAAUUAUAUUUCGUACAACAGGCCAUCUCUGGUCAGAAGGUGAUUCUUAUUAUGUUACAUUGGAUGAAGGUGUACUUUUUUCGAAUGAUAUUGAAAAUUCAACAGAAUAUUCACAUCCAAAAUUUUGGAAAUUUCGUGUCGUACGUCCACUUAAUCGAGAAUAA